AUGUCGAAGAUCACAGUCGCCGGAGUUCGUUCCAACGUCCAGGAGCUCCUGGACUACUCUCUCAAUGAGAAGAAGAGAAACUUUCUGGAGACCGUCGAGCUCCAGAUCGGCCUGAAGAACUACGACCCCCAGCGUGACAAGCGUUUCUCGGGUACCGUCCGCCUGCCGACCAUCCCCCGCCCCAACAUGGCCAUCUGCAUUCUUGGUGACCAGCACGAUCUCGACCGUGCCAAGCACGGUGGUGUCGACGCCAUGAGCGCCGAUGACCUGAAGAAGCUGAACAAGAACAAGAAGCUGAUCAAGAAGCUCGCUCGCAAGUACGAUGCUUUCGUCGCUUCCGACUCUCUGAUCAAGCAGAUCCCCCGUCUCUUGGGUCCUGGUCUGUCCAAGGCCGGCAAAUUCCCUACCCCCGUCUCCCACUCCGACGACCUUACUGGCAAGAUCAACGAGGUCAAGUCCACCAUCAAGUUCCAGCUGAAGAAGGUUCUCUGCAUGGGUGUCGCUGUCGGCAACGUUGGCAUGGAACAGGAGGAGCUGGUCGGUAACAUCAUGCUGGCCAUCAACUACCUCGUCUCCCUGCUGAAGAAGGGCUGGCAGAACGUUGGAAGCUUGACCAUCAAGGCUUCCAUGUCUCCUCCCAAGCGCCUCUACUAA